AUGUCCUUGUACCCAUCUAGGAGCAAUGCCUUCCCGAUUCAGAAGACCCAUGUUCCAUUUCUCUCGGAAAGCCCUGCUUCACGUCAGGGUUCUUCAACUCCGCCGCAAGCCCACUCCCUCCGUCUGCUGCUCAGAUUUUCCUCGACCUCCUCGAAGUCGCCAUCGUUCACGGUCUCCUACCUCGUCAACUCCUGUGGGUUGUCUCCGGAAUCGGCUCUCUCCGCUUCCAAGCUCGUCAAGUUCGAGACCCCUUCGAGACCGGACGUGGUCAUCGGCGUAUUCAAGAACCGAGGUUUCACUCCAGCUCAAAUCUCGCACAUUGUCAGGAGAUUCCCCGCGUCGCUUUCGUCGGACCCAGAUAAGACCCUCUUGCCAAAAAUCAAUUUUUUUGGCUCGAGAGGGUUUUCCGACCUCGAAUUAGCCAAACUCGUGAUUGCCGUCCCAAAGAUUUUGGGCAGGAGCCUGGAGCAGCAUUUGGUACCCACUUUUCAUUACAUCAGUAAUUUGUUGCAAUCCGAUGAAAAGGCCAUCGCAGCCAUCGGACGUGCUCCGCGACUGUUAUACGAGGAUCCUCAAGCUGAAUUUGUUCCUGAAAUCAUGACUUUGAGGAGUGCCGGAGUGCCUGAAAAGAACAUCAGGCAUUUAGUCUUGUACCAUGGGCAAAUUUUUUGGUGUCGGUCCUUGAAAUUUGAUGAGACCAUGAAUAGGGUGAAAGCAAUGGGUUUUGACCCUUCCAAACUGAGCUUUGUCAUGGCUCUGCAUGUGAUUAUGGGCAUGAGCGAGUCGAUGUGGAGGAGGAAAAUCGGUGUGUAUGGCAAGUGGGGUUGGUCCGAGGAGGUGGUUGUUUUAGCUUUUAGGAAGUAUCCAUUGUGUAUGGCAUUGUCGGAGAGCAAAAUUACUGCUGCAAUGGACUUCUUUGUCAAUGUGCUGGGGCUCGAUUCAUUGGUUAUUUCUCAACGUCCGUUAGCCUUAACAUUUAGCUUAGGGAAGAGAAUUGUUCCUCGGGGAUCGGUCUAUCAAGUUCUGCUGUCUGAAGGUUUAAUUAAACCUUGUAGCCUGACUGCAUUGUUGGCUGUUUCGGAGAAGAAGUUCCUGGAGAAGUUUGUGACUAGUAAUUUGGGAAAAGCACCGCAGUUGUUGGCUCUCUAUAAUGAGAAGAUGGGUCUUGCAUGCUAG